CCUGCAGACACCGGGAGUAAGCGCGUGCAGUACCGUCCGUUAGCAGUGAAGACACUACGAGACGGACUGCAUCUGCUGGAGAGAAGAGAUCAUUCACCAAAUAAAGACGUCACCACAGUUCUCUAAAGCAACAAUGCCUCCCCCCAUGCGCCACCGCUCCAUGCGUGUGUUCAUGAACGAUGACCGCCAUGUCAUGGCCAAACACUCUGCCAUCUACCCGACUCAGGAGGAACUAGAAAGUGUACAGAACAUGGUAUCUUGCACAGAGCGGGCCCUCAAGGCUGUCUCUGACUGGUUGGAUAAACAGGAGAAGGGAUCUACCAAGUCUGACUCUGAUGGCACAGACACUGAUAAGGAAAGUGAGCACAAAGACCAGGCCACCCGCUCUCUGCGUGGUGUAAUGAGGGUAGGCCUGGUUGCCAAGGGGCUGCUUCUGAAGGGGGACCUAGACCUGGAGCUGGUGCUCCUCUGUAAAGACAAACCUACCAUCAGUCUGCUGAAGAAGGUGUCUGAAAACCUUGUCACACAGUUCAAGCCAAUCAUAGAAGACAAAUACGUGGUGACCCAGCACAUCCGGGAGGCUAGUAUCGUCAUCAAGAACACCAAGGAGCCCCCUCUCACUCUCACCAUUCACCUGACAUCCCCUUUGGUUCGUGAGGAGAUAGAGAGGGCUGCUGCUGGAGAAACGCUUUCAGUCAACGAUCCCCCGGAUGUUCUGGACAGGCAGAAAUGCCUAACUGCCUUGGCGUCUCUCCGCCACGCUAAGUGGUUCCAGGCCAGAGCAAAUGGACUCCGUUCCUGUGUCAUUGUCAUUCGGAUCCUAAGGGACCUGUGUUCCCGCGUCCCCACAUGGGCCCCACUUCGUGGCUGGCCCCUGGAGCUGAUAUGUGAGAAAGCCAUUGGUACAGGGAACCGGCCCAUGGGGGCAGGAGAAGCUCUGCGGAGGGUUUUAGAGUGUCUGGCUUCAGGAAUCCUCAUGGCAGAUGGUCCUGGUAUCUCUGAUCCAUGUGAGAAGGAGCCCACAGAUGCUAUUGGUCACUUGGACCACCAGCAGAGAGAAGACAUCACAGCAAGUGCGCAACAUGCCUUAAGGCUGUCAGCUUUCGGACAGCUUCACAAAGUGCUCGGAAUGGAUCCCCUUCCCUCUAAGAUGCCCAAGAAACCUCGCAGUGAAACUCCUAUUGAUUACACAGUGCAAAUCCCACCCAGUACAGCAUAUGCCCCACCAAUGAAAAGGCCCAUUGAGGAAGAAGAGGGACCCGAUGACAAGAGUCCCAAUAAGAAGAAGAAAAAACUACAGAAGAAAUCUCCAGAGGAGAAGGCAGAGCCGCCACAGGCAAUGAACGCUCUGAUGAGGCUCAAUCAGCUGAAGCCAGGUCUCCAGUACAAACUGAUAUCCCAGACUGGCCCAGUUCAUGUUCCGGUCUUCACUAUGGCUGUAGAAGUGGAUGGCAAGACCUUUGAGGCUUCUGGUCCAUCCAAACGCACAGCUAAGCUGCAUGUAGCUGUAAAGGUCCUGCAGGACAUGGGUCUGCCUACAGGAGUGGAACUAAAGACUGCUGAGCCGAUAAAAUCAGAGGAGGCAGCAGUAGCUGCCGCUGUGGAAGAAUUGAGGCCAGUAGUAACGCCCAUAGAGACGACCACGGCUGCCACAGGAGCAGCCAACGCAGACACCACUGAUGCUGUAGAGACUGCUCGCCAACAGGGACCAAUCCUGACUAAGCAUGGCAAGAACCCUGUAAUGGAACUGAACGAGAAGCGCCGUGGCCUCAAGUAUGAGCUCAUCUCAGAGACCGGAGGCAGCCACGACAAACGCUUUGUCAUGGAAGUGGAGAUUGACGGUCAGAAGUUCCAGGGGACAGGAUCCAAUAAGAAGGUGGCCAAGGCUUACGCUGCUCUGGCUGCUUUGGAGCGGCUCUUCCCUGAAGGCUCUGUGGCUGAGGCUGCUAAAAAGAAAAAGGGACCACCCAUGCACACCCCAGGUUUUGGCAUGAUGGGAGCCUCUGGAGGCGGAGACACAGCUUCGCCCAGAGGCAGAGGGAGAGGAGGACGGGGUCGUGGAAGGGGCAGGGGCUUCAAUAAUGGAGGAGGCUAUGGCCAAGGAGGUGGCUUCGGAACAUAUGGUUACGGGAACAAUGCUAACUCCGGAUACAAUUACUACAACAAUGGUGGCACAAAUGGAGGAGCCGGGGCAUCAAGCAGCCCAUCAGGUGGCCUUCCAGCCAGCACAGCACCAGGAUCAGCACAGGGCUCCUAUGGUUCAUACUACCAGAAUGACGGAGCCUACACCACUGCUGUGGCCGCCAAAGCUCCCAAAAAGAAACCCCCCAUGCACAAAGGAGGGAAAUCACCCUUUCCAGGUCCCCCAGGGACAAACAGUGGAUCUGCGGGGGGCUACCAGUCCAGCAGCCCGUCGGGGCAGGGCUCCUAUAACCAGUACGGUCAGGGUUAUGGGCAGGGAAAGAAGAAUUUCACCCAGAGCCAGGGGGGAACAGGUGGAUACUCGUACAGCACUGCCUACCCAAGCCAGGUGACGGGGGGUGCUGGAGGUAGCCAAGACUACAGCUACGAAGGUUUCAACAAUCAGUCCAGUUACAACUCACAAGGCGGAGGUGGAGGAGGAGGAGGCAGCAACCAGGGCUUUGGCAACAACCACUCUCAGUACCACAACCCAGUGGCCUAUGGCAGAGGAGACAGCAGCAUGAACUACCAGUACAGAUAGACUCUGUCGCUCCACCUGUGAAUCAUGGGCACAAAGCACCCUUCAUCAGUGUCUGAAGACUUCUCCAAAGAAAGUGAUUGACAGCUUGCCUGUGCUCUCUGCCUUUUCCAUGUUUGCUUCUUAUGUGCUUUUUGGUUAAUAUGUAGCACACGUGGGCACAAAAUGAGAUGUCUGGACUUUUAAGUGUCAGAACUGAGUUGUGGCUGAAUUUAGUUGUCUGUUUCAAUGGUCUGGUCAGUGCUUAGUCUUAGGUUAUUUUAUUUUUUCUUUUUGUUUUUUUAGUUUUUUUUUUAAAUUUGUGCUACCAAUUCUCAUCCUCAUCGCUCAGUAUGAAGGCUGAUGUUACUCACUCACUAGCUCUGACUUGGUUUCCUUUCUUAUAAAGAGUUGUGCAGACAGCAUUUUUCUUUUCUCAUGUGAAACUAGUAAAAUCUUGUAGUUUGAAACUACAAGGGUUGUUGUAUUUUUUGUAGUUAUUUUAAUAAAUGUUUUUGGAUAUUACUGGAAGACACACUUACAUUCUGAUGUUAAAUCCACAUUUCUGCUCAGUGUAGCUUUUUGAUUGGGUGGGAUUUGUUCUUGUUAAUCUAUAACAAAGUGUGUUUGUAUUAAUAAAUGAUUUUUAUUUUGA